CUGGCGCGUCUUCAGGGCAGAAUGCUUUGACUUGAGGCGAGGACUAGGUGUUUGAGUGCACAGACACAGCAUCCAGGCUGAUGAGGCUGAGGUUGGGCCCGGUGCGGCUGCUGGCGGCCUGCUGCCUGCUGUUUACCACUGACUGUGCUGGAGCCUGUUCACCCCAGGAGUUCACCUGCACUCAGGGGAGAUGUGUGCCCGAAGACUCCGUGUGCGACUUCACCGACGACUGUGGAGACGGCAGCGAUGAGCAGAACUGCCCUGGAUACGACAUGUGUGACUUUGAGGAGGGGUUCUGUGACCUGACCCAGCACUCGGAGACGGGCUCUGCGUGGACCAGGCGAACGGAGGCCCGUGGCCUGAACCGCGAUCACACCGGCAAGUCGGCCCACUUCCUGUCUCUGACGGCUGCUCGUAGCAGAGACACGGCCGACCUGAGCAGCCCCGUGUUUAUGCCCACUGAGACCUGCAGGAUGAGCUUCUAUUAUUACGCCGGGGCACCACAGGGAGACCUUCAGGUUCUGGUCCAGACUGAGGAUCAGAGCACCGUGGUGUGGAAACACUCCAGUCGACGUCAGGUGGAGACGUGGCUGCGGGCAGCGAUUCAGCUUUCCAGUCAUCUCAGUUUUCAGGUGGUGAUCCGAGGGGAACUCCGGGCCGACAGCGACGUCUCCGGGGUCCUGGCCGUCGAUGACUUAUCUUUCAGCCCUGGCUGCGGCGCCGGGUCCGGGAGCUCUGCCCGGCUUUCUUCCACUUGCCCUCCCCCGUGGUUUGCCUGCGCUGGUGGAAAAUGCAUCAAGGAAAACAAAAUCUGCGACUUCACCCCGGACUGCCCCCACGGAGAGGACGAAGUCAGCUGCCCCACUGCGUGCGACUUUGAGGCCGGCUCUUGCGGCUGGUAUGAGCUCACCUUUGGCGACGGCUUCGACUGGGUCCGGGGCUCGCCGUUGGAAGUGCCGCCGGACUACCGCGGCCAGAAUCCGCCUCUGGACCACUCCACAAACAGCACAGACGGCCACUUCAUGUUUGUUGUGAAGAACAGCAGCGGUCUCAUUCCGACGGCUGUCCUCCGAGGACCCUGGUUCCAACAGUCGGCCCCCGGCUGCACCAUGAUCUUCUGGCAUUUUAACUCAGGCAUAUCCGUGGGGGCCACAGACAUGUACCUUCGCAUCAGAGGGGACCCAAACAACACGGUCAUAUGGAGAGCGUUGCAUGACCAGGGGAGCCACUGGAAGCAGGUGGAGGUGCAGCUGGGACGCAUCACCCGGCCCUUCCAGAUCGGCCUGGCCAAGCUCAGCCUCGGCAUGUUCGACGGGAUCGCCGCCUUGGAUGACGUCACGUUCAAAAACUGCUCCAUGCCCCCCGCGGCGUCGCACUGCCCCGAUCAGACCCAUUUCCACUGCGUCCACAGCAAGGCGUGCGUGGAGCGGCACCAGCUGUGCGACCUGGUGGACGACUGCGGGGACGGAUCGGAUGAGCAGGGAUGCUCUCCGGAGCUGCAGUGUGACUUUGAGCGAGGGCUGUGCAGCUGGGAACAGGAGCAGGCCGGAGGGGACUCCUUCGACUGGACCUGCAUCCAAGGCCCGACCCCGACCUUUUACACGGGCCCGUGGAAGGACCACACGCUGGGCACCAGCUCCGGCCGCUACCUCUACAUCGAGUCGUCCGCCCCGCAGGAGUUCAAGGACACGGCCGUGCUCCUGAGCCGGGUCUUCCGGCCCACCCACCGGCAGGGCCCGGACCCGUCCCCGUCCCCGCACCGCUGUGUGUUCCGCUUCCAUUACCACAUGUACGGACUACACGUGUUCCGCCUGGCGGUGCACAUGCGCACCGCUUCCACAGGCCGCGGUCAUAUGCUGUGGGUCCGAUACGGAGACCAAGGAAACCUGUGGCACAGGAAAACUCUCUACCUCAACAGCGCUCGGCCUUUUCAGAUUUUAAUCGAAGGCACGGUGGGUGAUGACUUCAACGGCGACAUAGCUAUCGAUGACCUGUCCUUCCUUGACUGUUUCCCAUAUGAAGGAGAGCUGCCCCCCAACAACACCAACACGGCCGUGACCACUCCGGGCCCCACUCACCAGCCCCACAGCUGCCCUGCCGGGGAGUUUGUGUGCGGGGCACACGGAGAGUGUGUUCCCACCAGCAAAGUGUGCGACUUCAGGCACGACUGCUCCGACGGCUCCGAUGAAACAAACUGUGUGAAGGGACUGUGCAGCUUCGACGGUGGGGACACUUGUGGUUGGAAGCUUCUUCAGUCGUCUCCGCUCCAUGUGUUCCACUGGGAACCGGAUCAGGGGGAGACCAUUCAUGAUGGAGAGCAGUACCAUCGUCCAGUCAAUGACCACACCCAAGGCAGCCCCGAGGGCUGGUACAUGUGUGCGGACAGUUCAAACGGCGGUUACGGCCACACCACCGACCUCUACACGCCUGUCAUCUCCUCCACCGGCCCGCAGUGCACGCUGGUCUUCUGGUAUCACAUGAUCGGCUUCACCGUUGGAUCGCUGCAGGUGCUGCUGAAGUACAGAAACACCACUCACGAAGUUUGGUCCCAGGCGGGUAACCAAGGCAACAGAUGGAGGCGAGGAGAAGUGUUUCUGGGAUUGUCGAGCAACUUCCAGGUCGCGUUCAGGGCCAAGCGAGGGAUCAGCUACAUGGGCGAUGUGGUGAUUGAUGAUGUCAGCUUCCUGGACUGUUCCCCUGCUCUUCCCCCAGAACAGCCAUGUGGACCCGAGCAGUACGCCUGCGCCAGCGGCCACUGCAUCCCUCAGGACAAUCUGUGCGACUUCAUCAACCACUGUGGGGACAACUCAGAUGAGGAUCCCUACAUCUGCAAGGGCUUCAUUGGACGCUGCAGCUUUGAGUUUGACCUCUGUUCCUGGCACCAGAGCCAGCGGGACGACUUUAACUGGCUGAUCAAAACGGGCAGCGCUCCCACGGUUGGCACCGGCCCACACAGUGAUCACACCCUGAGAGACCCCUCGGGGCACUACCUCUACCUGAAGAGCUCCUUCCCGCAGGAAGUCGGAGACAUCGCGCGCAUAUCGGGAGCGCUGCUCAGCUGGAGGAGCUCACAGUGCAAGAUGCGUUUUUAUUUCCACAUGUCUGGCGACGGCAUCGGGACUCUCAGCGUGUUCCGGAAAAGCCAAGGAAGCGCUCAUCUCCUGCUGAACCUGACGGGGGAUCAGGGCAAUUACUGGCAGAUGAGGGAGAUCCCGCUGAGCCACGGAAGAGACUUCCAGGUUGUGUUCGAAGGCAAAGUGGGCAAAAGUCCAAAGGGUGAAAUCUGCUUGGACGAUAUCAUUUUCUCACCAGGAUGUCUGCUGGCCGCCUCGGCAGGAGACGAGGACGCUGAUCCUCCACCUUCUGCAGGGCCCUGUCCUUCAGGCUUCCUGCCUUGUGCGAACGGCCGCUGUUUCACUCGGAGGCAGAGCUGUGACUUCACCGACGACUGCGGCGACGGCACAGAUGAGAAGGAUUGUGGGACUUCCUGCUCCUUCGAGAGCGGCCGCUGUGGCUGGAAGAGCUCCCUGUCCGACAACUUCGACUGGGCGCUCGGGACCGGAUCCCUGCGAUACAUAAGGCCCCCGUACGAUCACACUCUGAUGACCAAGGACGGUCAUUUUGUGUACCUGGAGGCCACCCCUGUGGGCCUGAAAGGUGACAAAGCUCAUUUCAGGAGCUCCGUGUGGAAAGAGUCCAGCGCCAUGUGCAAGUUGUCCUUCUGGUACUACAUUUCCAACAAGGCCUCAGGAACCAUCCGUUUGCUGAUUAAGACGGAGAGGGAUUUGCUGGAGGUGUGGAACAAAACGGGGCACCAGGGCGACGAGUGGAGGCGAGCCGAGGUUCCCCUCAGGAGGCUGAGGCGCUUUGAGGUGAUAUUUGAGGGCGUGCGCUCCAGGGAUGUGAGCGGAGGAGCGGCGCUGGACGACCUAGAGUUUGUGGACUGUGCACCAAGUGCUGUGGAGCCAGUUAGUUGUCCUGCAGUCACAGACUUUGUGUGUCGCAGUGGCGGCUGCAUCGAGUCCCACCUGGUGUGCGACAACAAGGCCGACUGUCCUGAUGAAUCAGAUGAGAUAGACUGUGAGCGUACAUUUCAGUCUCCAGGUGCUUGUAAUUUCAACAUGGAGGAGGGCCAGUGGCAGGAGACGUGCCAGCUUCUCCAGGAUCUUGAUGAUGACUUUGAUUGGAGACUCGGUCACCAGAGUGAGACACCAGGAGCUGGUCCUCAAACGGAUCACAGUCCAGGCGGUGGAGGGAGCUUCUUGUACGUUCACUCAGCCCCUCAGAGGGAGGGUGACGUCGCCAAGGUGACGACCAGGAGGCCGUUCCCAUCCAGCAUCGGCCUGUGUCACCUGCGCUUCUGGUUCUUCAUGCACGGCUCGGACAGGAUGGGAACGCUGAAGGUUUACACCGUUGGACCCAGCGGCACCAGUCUGCUGAUGUGGGCGGCCACUGGUGACCACGGCGAGCGCUGGAGCUACGCUAACGUGGUCCUGUCCCACCCCGCGGCCUUUAGAGUGACCUUCCAGGCGGAGGUGGGUGGGGACGUGUGGACGGACGUGGCGCUGGAUGACGUCAGCUACUCCUCAGAAUGCGUGACCGGAGGGCCGGUGACUCCUCGGCCUCUGACCUGCGCCGUGGACCAUUCCCAGUGUGCGUACUCCUCCCAGUGCGUCCCCCACAGCUGGUGGUGUGACGGGGAGCCCGACUGCACCGAUCGCUCAGACGAGGAGCGCUGUCCCACCUCGGUCCCUGGCACGCUCCCUCCUCAGGACCGCUGUGCCGCCGGGUUUUUCCAGUGCUCCAACGCGCUCUGCCUCCCCUCCAUCCUUCGCUGUGACGGGGUCCCGGACUGCCCUCAUGGGGAGGACGAGAACGGCUGCCCUCUGCUGCAGUGUGAACUGGGAGAACUGGUGUGUGAAGCUUUGCCUGGCUGUGUCCCACUUCGGAAGCGCUGCGACCUCUCCGUUGACUGUCUGCCUUUCCUGUCUGAUGAGUCCAGCUGCCACGAUUGUCCUCCAAAUUACUGCCUGGACCGUGGCUCGUGCCUUGUGGAGAGAGCCGGGCCUGUCUGCACGUGUGACCAAGGAUGGACAGGUAAUCGUUGCCAUGUGAAGAAGAAGCCAUCCCUCACCACCUCAGCACCACAACCAGAGGACACACGGCUCGACGCCGUGUAUGUCGCCCUCGUCGUGGGGCUGCUGCUGCUGGUGCUCGGCGCCGUUCUCUGCUUUCUGGUUUCACGCAGGACGAGAUGCUACUUGAGAAAGCCUGACCUGAUGGAUUACGGGGUGAUGGAUAAGCCAGGCGGUCACUGGACAGCGGAGCUCCCGUCUGUGGAUGAAAAGCUGGGCGGCUUUCUAGGGGCGAACCCCAGGAGGAGCGCUGGUCGGGGGCUUUCCAUCAGCGUGUACCCCUGGAGGAGGGAGGUGGAGCAGGUUUUGACCUGGAGAAACGCCAAGCUGUCCUUCACCAACCCCAUGUACAACCACCCCCCCGCUGGCGAUGUCGCCGGGCCCAGGAGCUCCGAAGCAUGAAAGAAACACGAAAGCAUGAAACUUCACCUACAGGAUCAACAUGGAUCUGAGCGUAACAACAUUAGAAUCAUGAAAAGUGUUUCUAAAAGACUCAUUUGUUGUUCAGGUGGACAGUAGUAAAGGAACAAACUGUAGUAUACUCAUUUUAUAUGCCAUUCAUACUACUGCAGGCACGUAGACCCAGACAGAUCAGAUCUGGGCUUUGAGGCAUGAGAAUUAAAUGCAGAAAUUACAUUUUUUGUGAUCUUGGAUGCUUAAAACAAUGACUGUAGCGGGUCUAUUAACAGAUGUGAAACUAAAUAGCUGUAAAUGUCUUGCAAAGGAUUGAAAGAUUUUUUUAACACUGGCAAAAGUAGAAAACAUCCAGCUUACGAACCCAUUAGUGAUCAGUUCUAACCCUCACCAGUGCAAAUGAAAAUGUUCGCCCUUGUUUUUGUUUUACAAAUCAAAUUUAUUUUUCAGUAAUUGCCUACUGAUGAAGGCACAUCUUGCGGCGGAGCAGCUGAAUCACCAACUCAGCCUUUUCGCAAGCCUUUGCAUCAGUGUUUAUUUCUUUCGACCCGAUCGUGUGAUCUACGCACACACGCCUUGUGUGACUGACAAUCUGCAUCUCCCCGUGUUUUUGGGGCUCUUUUUCUGGUAGCUUCGUGGUUGUGCAGUGGACACCAGCAGCUUUGUCCCCGUGUCACUGCUGAAGCAUGAGUCAGCUCUUUGUGGAGCUAUUGUCCCAGUGUUGUUAGUCACAGACCAACUCCAGCCAAAGGUCAGUGUGCUUUGUUUUGCGGGUGAGCCCCUCUCUGCAGGAGCGGCCUUUAUGCGUGACUACUGUUAAAAUCAUUGACUUUUCUAUCAUUUGCAUAACAAUUAAGCAGAACCUUCUCUCACUUCGAGCUGCUGCCACAGCACCGAACCCAAUUUCUUUUUGCUGGGUCACCUAACUAUUCCUGUCAGGUCAAGGUGAAAUUUAUCCCAGACUGCUUUCUGUGUAAUGAUAGCCCUGAGUCAGCUCGCUCAUCCUCUGCCUGGGUGGAGGACGGAGGAAAUUGGGUCUUUUCUCUGUAUAUUCACUUAAAGGUGGACGGCCGUCGGCCCAGGGGGCCUUCCCUCCGCUCUGCAGUGACUUUCCGCAAAAACAUGCCAGGUCUGAAACAGCAGGGCGGGAGAAUCGUCCCUGCCCAUCAGAAUACAGUGUAUAUGGUUGUAUAAGGUGCAUAAAAUAUCAAAAUAAAACUGUUUUGCAUCCCAGGUA